ACCAUACUAGCUCUUUCUGCCAGUCUGAUGAGAUUAGUUGUAGUUCCAGACAUGCAUUAAAUAUAUUUAGUAUAUGUGAUAGUGCUAACUCUGAUAGAUGUUUCAGCAUUUUAUUAGAAAUCAGAGAUGGUCUUGUUGCUUUGCCAGAGGGUACUUGUUGGAUAGUAUCCACUAGCUCUUUGAUAGAUAUAGGUUGA